CUAUUUGUGCCACUGACACUGAGAGAGAGAGAAACAGAGGCAGGGAUGGAGGUACAGUAGUGGAGCCGUACAGAAGCACAGCACAGAGCAGCGCAGCCCGUGAAUGUAGCACUUCACGAAAGAAAGAGCAGCAUCUUUGCGCACAAGUCAGGCGGAUAUUUUUGGCCGCGAGCGUCGCCGCGUCUCGACAGUGAUGUCUGUGUGCAAAAUUUUGUUUAGUGACAAAAUACGGAUUAAUCUGAGGCUGUGAAUUCGUCAGAGACAUCACUGCUGUGAGGACAGAUUGGGAAACCAGAAAGGUGCGAAUUGGAUACCAUACAUUUGUGAUUGGAUGUGAGACUACUUUGACCCUACAAAAUUGAAGAUGAUGUUGCUAUGGAAACUGCUGGUGCUGCAGUCACUUAUGGGGUGUCUUGCAGAGAGCAGUGUCCUGCAGAGUCCUGUGUUCACCAAGCAGCCAGGCAGCAUUGUGUAUCCUGUGGAGACUCUGGAGAGGAACAGGGAGGUGGUGUUCAGCUGCGAAGCCCAGGGAAGCCCACCUCCCAUCUACCGGUGGAAACUGAAUAGCACAGAAAUCAGUCCCAAAUCUGGAUCUCACUACAGCCUUUCUGGAGGCAACCUCAGAAUCAGCCAACUGAACAAAGACCAAGAUGCUGGAACGUAUCAGUGCCUCGCCUCUAACUCUUUCGGGACCAUCGUCAGCCGAGAGGCCAGUCUAACCUUUGCAUACUUGGAAAACUUCAAGACUCACAGAAGAAGCUCUGUAUCAGUUCGUGAAGGUCAAGGAGUGGUUCUGCUGUGCGGCCCUCCACCACAUUCUGGAGAUCUCAUUUUUUCCUGGAUCUUUAAUGAGUACCCGACAUUUGUGAAGCAGGACACUCGCCGUUUCAUCUCACAGGAGACAGGGAAUCUGUACAUCGCCAAAGUGGAGCCCUCCGAUGUUGGUAAUUACACCUGUGUGGUGACCAACACUGUCACAAAGACCCGAGUGCAGGGUCCACCCACUCCACUUGUGCUCCGCAGUGAUGGUGUGAUGGGUGAAUAUGAGCCAAAGAUUGAAGUUCAGUUUCCAGAGCUUGUUCAUGUUGCCAAAGGAUCCACUGUAAAGAUGGAAUGCUUCGCUCUGGGAAACCCGGUACCAUCUAUCGACUGGAGGAGGGUGGACGGUGUACCCUUCCCCAGGAAAGUGGACAUGAGGAAAGCCAGCGGCGUUUUGGAAAUCCCAUAUUUCCAGCAGGAGGAUGCUGGCACGUACGAGUGUGUGGCCGAGAACUCCAGGGGAAUGAACACAGUGAAAGGAAAGCUCUCUUUCUACGCGCCUCCUCAUCUAAUUGAGAAACCCCAAGAUGUCCAGAAGCUCAUUGAUGACUCUUUGGUGUGGGAGUGUAAAGCCACAGGGAAGCCGAAGCCUUCUUACAGGUGGAUGAAAAAUGGAGAGAACCUGGAGUCUGCAGAGGAGCGCAUACAGGUUGCCAAUGGGGCGUUGUCAAUCAGUCGUCUGACCCUGUCCGACACAGGAAUGUACCAGUGUGUGGCUGGGAAUAAAUACGGCAAGGUCUACUCCAAUGCGGAACUCAGAGUUAUAGCUGUUGCCCCAGAUUUCUCUCACAACCAACUGAGGAGCCAGACUCUGGUGAAGGUGGGAGGAGAUGUGCUUGUCGAGUGCAAGCCCAAGAUGUCUCCGUGGGGUGUGGUCUCUUGGCGAAAGGGCACCGAACCACUCCAAGAAAGUAACAGGGUCUCCAUUCUGGACAACGGGAACCUUCGUAUUUGGAAUGUAACCAAAUCUGAUGCUGGUCUCUACACCUGUGUGGCGAGAAACCAGUUUGGCAUAGCAAGCAGCACAGGAAGCAUCACAGUUAAAGAGCCGACCAUCAUAACCUCCCUGCCGUCCACGCUGGACGUCACUGUGGGGGAGAGUGUAGUCCUGCCCUGUCAAGUGAGCCACGACCAAUCUCUGGAGCUCAAGUUCACCUGGUUCUUCAACGAGCAGCUCAUCCACUUCGGGAGCCACGGUGGAUUUUUUGAAAAAGUGGGAGGUCAGCAUUCGGCAGGAGACAUCAUGAUUCGAAAUAUCCAGCUGAGGCAUGCAGGGAAGUACACGUGCGCCGUGCAAACAAAGGUGGACAGCAUUUCCAUUGCUGUUGAUUUGGUUGUCAGAGGUCCCCCGGGUCCCCCCACCAGCAUCCAUGUAGAAGAAAUCACUGAUACCACAGCCUCUCUGUCCUGGAGGCCUGGUCCUGAUAAUCACAGUCCAAUUACGGCAUACACCAUCCAGGCCAGGACACCAUUCUCCCUCGGGUGGCAGGCUGUCACCACAGUUCCUGAGGUGGUGGGGGGCCACCGGCUGACAGCUAUAGUAAUAGACCUGAGCCCUUGGGUGGAGUAUGAGUUUCGAGUCCUGGCAAGCAACACCAUCGGAACCGGCGAGCCCAGCAAGCCAUCUAAACAAGCAAGGACAAAGGGGACCUCUCCGAAGGUCACACCAGCUAAUGUGAGUGGAGGCGGUGGCAGUCGCUCCGAAUUAGUCAUCACAUGGGAGCCCGUUCCAGAGGAGCUGCAGAAUGGACCGGGGUUUGGCUAUGUCGUGGCUUUUCGACCCCAUGGUGCCACGGGGUGGAUGCAGGCCGCCGUACCGUCCCCCGAAGCAUCCAGAUACGUCUUUAAAAACGAGAGCAUCCAGCCCUUCUCGCCGUUCCAUGUGAAGGUCGGCGUUUACAACAAUGAGGGGGAAGGGCCAUUUGGACCUGUUACCACUAUCUACUCUGCUGAGGAAGAGCCUGGCCGAGCGCCCACCAGGGUCCGUGCCAAGAGCCUUUCUGCUUACGACAUUGAAGUUUCGUGGAAAGCGCUGCCCUGGAAUGCCAGCAAGAAACGAGUGCUGGGCUAUGAGCUGAGGUACUGGAGUAGAAGUGAAAGGGAAGACACGGCCAGUGUGCAAAGGACUAUCGGAAAUCAAACAUCUACUGUAAUCCGUGGGGUGAAAGGCAGCACCACAUAUUACAUCUCAGUGAGGGCAUACAACACUGCUGGAACGGGGCCUCCCAGCAGCACUGUCAACGUUACCACCAAAAAACCACCACCCAGCCAGCCACCGGUUAAAGUGAUGUGGAACACAUCAGACUCCAAGAUUAUAUUGAACUGGGAGCACGUCAAAGCCCUGGAGAACGAAUCAGAGGUCACUGGUUACAAAGUGCUGUACAAAAAGAAUCGACACAGCCGCCCCAACGUCAUGGAAACCAACACCACCUCUGUGGAGCUUGCCCUCCCCACUGAUGAGGAUUAUAUUAUCCAGAUAAAGCCAUUUGGAGAGGGAGGAGAAGGUAGCAGUAGCAGGCAGAUCACCAUCCCAAGGAUACCAGGCCCCAACGCAGUCGGCUCCGCAUCCAAGGUCUCCACUCUGUCAGCCCUCAGUACAAUAGCACUGUCUUUCACAGCGCGGACAUCUUUAUGACAAACAGCUCCCAGUAGACGUCGCAUCUAUGGUGGAACGCAAACACAGCCCACUCUGGUGUAACUAGAUCCAUUCAUUUAGAUUUUAGAGGCAGAAAGAAGAUGCUGACGAAGAAAUAAAAAAUAAAUACGCCAUUGAGAUGACAAAGAAGGAGUACGCUUCAGCACCCAGGCUACGUAAAGGAGAUUGACCGAUGUCGUGACUAUGUUGUUACCAAAGCAGCUUUCAUAAGAAAAAAAUAGAGAAUAAUGUCUUAUAUGCAUCUUUUUGUAUGACAUAUUGAGCUUUUAUAGAUUUUUAUUUCUUAAUCACUUUGAAGUUGGUCUGAGCUUAAUGGGGCGAGAACAAUUGAGUGCAUGGCAAAUAACAUCAUUAAAUGUUGACAACGCACCUUUUGUCUUCUAAAAUGCGAUAAUGCUUUGGUUCUAACAAGCCAGAGUAGUCUUGGAGUGAAUUAACUACUACUAUUAUAACCUGUUACAGCUCUGCAUUUCUGCUUCUGUAAUAUUUCAAAAAUAUUUCACAAAGGACUGCAUAGACAUGUUGGGUGUUUGUCAUUAUUGGUCAUCUUACCAAGAACUGGAUAGGUGAAGAGAGGAUUAAAAUCAGCACAUGCAAAUGCUUUACCAUACUGGUGAAGUGUUAGCAUUAGCAAACUCGACAAAGUAAGCUGACUCAAAAUGGAUUUCACAAAUGAGGAGGACUAAGAUUUUUCUUUUUGUAUAUGUCGUAUAUAUUAUUUGUAUAUGAAUCUGCAGUACAUGUAGAAUAAAGACCAAUAUUAAAAAAAACUUCAUUAACUCCUCCAACAUCAGAUAAUGCUGACUGGCAGUAAUUACAUAAAGGAUAGGUUGGGAUUUCUGUCUGCACUACUCACAUUUGUACAUCGAGUUAUGAGUUGUCUUGAAUUAUUCUUCCUGUGACCCUUUGCAGCACGACUAAACUGCGAGAGAUGGGGGAUAAAUUCGCAGUCCUUGUUCUGUGCAAAAGAGCCUUCUAAAGUUCAGUUGGAACUUACAUCUGAGUUAGCUAAACCAAGUAGCUAUCUCCCAAAGUUCUGCUGUUUUUCACAUAAAAAUCCCCUCUUUGUGUCUCUCCAAAUGCUCCUCAGGAGAAAUGCCAAGGACUGUGGAUUACAUUAUAAUUGCAUCUCUUCGGGGCCAGUAUCGACAGAUGGAAUUAAUACAGCAACCAAUAACUCAGCAUACGUAUGCCAUGAAACAAAAAGAAAAAAAAAGAAAAAUCCAAACCUUAAUAUGCAGGAUGCCUUAGCAUGCCAUGUUUUUUGUUGCCAGUCCUCUCGGGGAAGGUGACCAAGAACUCCCAAAACGUCAAUGGAGCCCUUAAAGCCAUUCAUGUGAUAGUUAUUGAGUUUAUUACCAGAAAUAGCAGCAUGCUGUUUUGGACAGCGUCUCCCCUGGGUUCCUCUAGACCCUUGUGGCUGUCUCAUGCUCCUUAUUCUUUUUGGUUAGCCCUGUGUCUAGAGCCUUCUGUGUGCCUCAUCAUAUGUUCAAAAUCCUCAGGUCCUUAAAGAGCCUUAACUUAUCAUAUGUAUAUUUAAAAAAAACAUU